CCCCUGCCCCCCGCGCCGCGACCCUCCUCCAAGUCCGUCACCUUCUGCUCCCACUGUAAGUACGAGAAACCCUACAAGCUCUCAGACCGAGACCUACGCUACUACUCCGACCCGGGACGGGACAUCCCUAAAACGAAGAAAAAACCCAAGGAACUCAACAGAGACUCCACCGAUAGCGACUUGAAAUACUACUCCGAACCUGACGCGAAAAACUACUUCGAAAUUGACUAUGAAUUCUUGAAAGAGCUGCGCAGGAUCGCUAGACAUAACUGCCCUAAAUGCAGACGCAAGAGAUCCAGAAAUUAUAAAGAGACUAGAAAAGAGAAAACCAAAAAAUCGACAAGACCUAAGGCGACAUAUGUCUAUUGUAAUGGAAGAUACCAUAGCGAUCAGGAGCAUUGCCAGCUGUGCUGCCGCGUUUGCAACAAAUCUACAGACACGCUUGACUCUAUUGAUGAUGAUCAGUACUCCCUUGUGUCUAAAAGCUAUUCCUUACCUUCUAGCAGAGCGACCACUAGCUCCAGAUCCCGUUCAACACCUAAAAAAACUCGAGAACGGAAGAAUUCCACGCAAUCUAUAAAAUCUGUUUCGUUUUUAGAGUCAAGCAAUGAGGAGUCUAGAAAGGAUGAACCCAACUAUACAGCAAAGAGUUUCACUAAUGAUUUAAAACAGUUUCUCCUUAAACCGACUCCACCGCGCUUAAGUUUAAGAGACAAGUUCAUAACCAGCUUCAAACAAGAGUUCGAAGCGACCAAAAAAUCCCCGAAACUCAAAGCCAUUAAAGGCCUUUGGAAAUCUUAUUAAACCCUUGUUUUUGGUGCAUUUAAAGAAUUUAUUUGGUGCUUAUUUGAACGGACGUCCUGUUUUUACCCGACUACGGCAACGCAAAAGGAGGGUUAUGAUUUUGACCGGUAUGUUUUAAUUUGGUAACAACGUAAGUGUUCAGAAUGGUCUAAAAUCGUAGUAAACCAAGUAUUUGGUGCUAAGUACUCUUUUAUAAGCUCCGACAAGCGUUAUACUCUACAAACUUCAAAAUGUUUAAUACAGCAGACAAUUUUAAAUGACACACAAGAUAUAUAACUAUUUGCUAUAAUCUUUAAAAUGCCUAAAUUUAGAUGUUUAGAUUUUUCUUAUUCUGCUCGUAGCAGUCUAAUCUCUUUAACUAAACACAUAAAAUAUUAUAAACUUAUUUAUUCGAAUGUAAUUAUUAUGGACUUAACGAAAAUACGAAUUUGUAACAUAGGUUUGCACAAGGCCACUUGAAAUUAGUAGCGUAAAAAUCAUAGUGUUAUUUCUCUCAUAUUUUCUGUAGGUAUACGCUUGAUAGUGGUAGAAAUAGCCGAGUAUUUUUUUAAGAAAAUGAGAAACGUGUACAGUCAGCAGCAGAAGUUGCUAAGCGGGCGAGGUGUUCAAAAUGAUCUUGACGCGACUUUAUUGUCAAGAGAAUAAGGGCCAGUUGCACCAACUACAUUUGACAGACUGAUCAACGUCAGCCGGCGCGCCCCGGCGCUUUACUAUGAAACUUUCAAUACAUAAAAAUUUAGCGAACUCUUUAACGAUACGAACAGUUUGGUGCAACCGACCCUAAGAGUGUGUCAAAGUAAUUUUGAACACCUCGCCCGCUUAGCAACUUCUGCUGCUGGCUGUACCUAGUACCUACUUACUGAAUCAUUUGUCAUGAGAAUAUUUCGAAGCAAUAAUGCGCCAUGCGCGUUAGAAAUACAUCUAGAAAAUAAAACUUAAAAGAAGAUUUUACUAGUUCUUCAGCAUAAGUCUUUAGCUGUUAUCUCUGAUUUCCAUACAAAAUAAAAAAAAGAAAAAAGAACAAAUGAGAAUUUAACUUCAUUUUGAUAUUUACGUUACUCUUAUCCUGUACCUACAUUUUCAAAGCUUCUGUUUUGGUAUAACCAUUUUUCUGUACCCUACGACCUUCAUUAUACGUUUUAGGUCUGCUUGGUACUCGGAUACACAAAAAUAUUAAACUUGAACGCAACGCCUAUCGUCCGCGGCGCGUGAUUUUGAACCUUAUCGGAAUGCAAGAAGGUUCAUAUUGGACUAACCGCGCGCGUCAGAUGACUUCUUAACGGUCAAAUGGUUAAAAAUAAAUGCUUUGAAAGUGUAUGGUUGGCCUAACUAGUUAUUUUUCGCACCAAUAUGUAUAACUUACAUUUGAUAAUAAUCUUGUAUAAUAGUAUACCGUUCCAAGCAAUAUUUAUAAUAAUUAUAAUUAUAUCAUAUGUAUUUCAUAUACUAUAUAAGACAAUCCGUAGAUAUAUAAUAAUUCUGUAGGGUUCUAUUAGUGUAUGUAUAGUACGAAAUACUUUUUGUUGUGUUUAUAGAUGUUUAUGUAUUAUAGAAAAAUAUAUCAAGUUUUUAUAGUAACUUUUAAAGUGGAUUAGGAGUAGUUUACUUCAUAUCUGAGUAAUGUGAAACGUAUACUGAUAGCACGGAAAUACUUAAAAAAAAAAACAUGAUAAAUAUGUUUAUCCGACAUUGUCGCUAGUUCAAAGUCUUUUUUUUCUAGAGGUUUUGAGUUACAGAGGUAAAACGCUUGAAAAAUUCGUGUUAGAGAGGUAAUUAUAGAAACGCAGAAAAUACAGUAUUUAUUAUCUGUUUCGAGUUACAGAGGUUUGUUAGUAAAUAACUUCGAGUUACAACUCCACCACCACCACCUCUAGGUGGUAGUGGUGGAGUUGUAGAGGUCAUAUUUCAUUUUUCGAUUUAUAGAGGUAAAAAAUGUACUGAAUAGUCGUAAAGGGAAUCGCUGCUUACUUCGUCUUAAUGAGGUUAAAUAUUUCGAGUUUUGGGCUCUGAAGAGAAGGGAAUAUAAUAUAGGGCAUUUUAUUUCGUGUUAACGAGGAUUUCGCCUUACCGAGGUACGAGGUAGCGAGGUUCCACUUUAGCUUGUAUUUAAUUAUGCAAUAGGCCCCUGCCAGUGGGGAGACACUCCUGACUUCGGUCGAACUCGGCACCGCUCGGCUCAGCAUUGCUCCGAGGAAUUAUUAGGGUUGGCACCACUUGACUUCCUUUUGCGAGCACGACCACAGAUAAUCACUUGAUUUUUGACAACCCUAAAUAGCCGAAAGGGAUAGUGCCAUGUGUAAGACUUUUGCUGCUGUAAAACUUCGGGUUUGUAGGAAGUGUCCUUUCUGUACGGUAGUACUAUUAUUUCUUCUGUGCCCCUGCCCAUUGUACUAGUGGUAGAAACAGGGAGGCAAAGUCUAUCCUUAGACUUAAAGGUUAAAUAUCGCUUGCGAGUUUGACUUCACACGUUAUAUCCGUGUUAAAUGGUCUGCAGAGUGUAAUGAUUGGAUUGACGGCGCCGUGAUAAAAGCGCGAGUUGUAACUUCACAGUUGUAACUGUGAACCGGCUGUAAAGCGCGAACCUGUUGCGUGACGUCACUUAAACUGUCGUUUGCAUAUAACGAGCGAGAUUAAAUCACUAACGACGCGGCACACACCUACCGUACCGUUACGGUUUUUUACACUUUUUUAUUUAGCUUAUUGCGUAUCACGUCACUUUAUAAGACAAAGUCCCGCGCCGCGUCUGAUUGUGUGUAUGUAUUUAUUUAUUCGUAUGGCAUUCAUUAUGUAUGUAUGUUCGCGAUAAACUCAAAAACUACUGUACGGAUUUACAUGCAGUUUUCACCUAUCAAUAGAGUGAUUAUUGAGGAAGGUUUAGGUAUAUAGUUUGUUAAGGUUUGGUGUAACCCGUGCGAAGGCGGGGUGGGUCGCUAGUCGCUAGUAUUUGUAUAACUAUGUGGAUCAAAUAUAGUAACUUAAAUUUGAACCACUUCCCGGUGUCUGAAUCAGUUUAUCGAUGUUUGCGUGGUCAGGUUAAUGCGCGUAGUUAGAGACAGUAUAAAAUUGGAUGUUAAUGUAAUAAUGUAGUAAACAACGGCAUAAGUGAAAUUGCAAAUAGCCCGUGGAGCGCCCUAGUAUCACACGUGUGAUACUAACUCAAUUUGGGUCGUAGCGAUUCAGUAUCAGACGUGCGUUACUACAGAACAAUAUGGGUCAAAUUGCUUUGCAUCAAUUUGUUGUAUGAUGGGCGUUCGAUGGGCUAGCAGUGGCGGCGCGUCCAUAAAAGCCGAUUCCCACCGGCUUGCCUGUUUUUGGACGUUUGAGCAGAGUUAUAAAGGAAAUAUGUAAGCCAAAUUAGCCCCGGCUUGCCUAUGGAUAUGCUUGACGCGCCGCCACUGUAGGCUAGUAUUACACGGGUCUAUGAAUGUUUGCAGCUCCAUGUUGAUGGGGCUCUGUUAUGGGUGCCAAUGUAGGCAAUGUAGUUUAGUAAACCACAAAAGUGAAAUUCCAAAAUUGCUGUGUGGUCGGUGUGUACCGGUAUACUAGUAUUACUCGGAUCUAUCAAUGUUUGCAUCUCCAGGUUAAUGCGCGCUGUUAUAUACACUAUAAAAUUCGCUCGGAAGCGUUAAUGUCACGGCCAUAACUGCUGUGUAAGGGCGUUUCACAGUUAAUGUAAAACGUAUCCAACGUUUUAAACCAAGUGUGGACUCGUCCUUUAUAUUAUUAUACGAAUUUACGUUAUUUGUUUCUUUUUUCAAUUGAUGAGAUGCUGAGAGCCUUGGUAAAACGAAUGCCUAUAAAACGACAUCGGGCGUUGUAUUGGCCCAUUUCAGUUUGUAUUUAAAAAAGAGUACUAUACAACGUGUCCCAAAAUUCAACGAUAAGCUGGCACUAGAAGAUGGACCUGCUCAUGACUACUCGAGGAAAAAAAAGAAAAAAAAAUAUAUCUCAAUUUAUUAUGGAAUUACAAAAAAAAUGAAAAUCGACACCCCUAGUGGUAUUUUUAACUACCAUGUCUAAAAUUUUUCAAUUUUUUUUUAUUUUUUUUCCUCGAUUAGUCAUGAGCAGGUCCAUCUUCUGGUGCCAGCUUAUCGUUGAAUUUUGGGACACGUUGUAUAAAUUAAAUUGAGCUUCAAGUAUGUAUUUUAACACUUUCAGUGCCAAGCGCCCCAUUCCCAAUACAAAAUGAACCCACGCAGCGAGUUCUUGACAGUGAAUAUGUUAAGUAUUUUGCAUAGGCACAAGUUUGUGCAAAGACGAUUCCAAUCUGAAUGGCCAUCCUAUUUCAUAGUAUUUCCGUGCUAUCAGCAA